CGGAAGUGCCGCAGAGCUCGUCAGACAGUAAAAGCAGCAGCAGAAGAAGAAUGGCGGCUGCGGGUCUCGAGCGGAUCCCGGAUCAGAUGGGUUACCUGGUGAUCAGCGAGGACGGAGUGCUGGCUUCUGCAGGUGAUCUGGAGAACGAUGAGCACACAGCAGCUGUGAUGAUGACGAUGGUUCGAACAGCGAGUCGCUUCAGAUUACCUGGAACAGCUGAUCCUCCAUUUAAACGCAUGUCAGUGGUCGUGGAGGACUUCGUGUUCACGGUGACGGUCUCCGGGCAGAAAGUCUUCGUGGUCAAACGUCAGAACAACCAGCAGGAGCCAAUCAGUGUGUAGAUAGACAGGAAGUGAUGAUGAUGAAUCUUUGUGUUUCAUUUUUAUAUUUAAAUAAAAUCAUUACAUCAU